AGACCCUGCCUCAUAAAAACCGGGGGCCCGCGGGGAGACAUCUUCUGUUGUCAACCCACCUUGAAACCGUCAUGCGCUAUACAGACUGGGUACACCGGGUUAACCUGGCGGUGGCUCGCAGCCCUGUCGGGAGAUGGUUUCGUCUGGAAAAUUCGGGUCAUCCCAAAGAACGCAAAGGCAGUUUUUUCUUUACCGAGCUCCGCGCUGGCUUGGCUACCUUCUUCGCCAUGGCCUAUAUUAUCAGCGUUAAUGCGACCAUCACCUCCGACACUGGCGGAACCUGCGUCUGUCCGCCUGAAAGUUAUGCUGAUCAGUGUAACACCAAUACCGAGUAUCUGCUGUGCGUGCAGGAGAUCAAACGCGAUAUCGUCACCGCCACCGCAGCAAUCGCGGCGCUAUCUACCUUCUGCAUGGGCCUCUUUUCCAACUUGCCGGUGGCCCUUGCGCCAGGCAUGGGGCUGAACGCAUAUUUCGCGUACACUGUGGUCGGAUACCACGGGUUUGGCAUGAUCCCGUACAAGGUGGCUCUGACGGCCGUCUUUGUCGAGGGGUUUGUCUUCCUGGCUUUGACGCUGUUGGGCAUUCGCCAAUGGCUGGCCCGUGCGCUGCCGGCGUCGAUCAAGCUGGCCACCGGAACUGGCAUUGGGCUGUAUCUUACGUUGAUCGGACUGACUUACAGUGCGGGAAUUGGGUUAGUGACGGGAGCCACAGACUCGCCUAUUGAACUGGCCGGUUGCGUCGACGGUCUCCGCGACGCGACCACUGGCCUGUGUCCAUCUGAUGCAAAGAUGCGCAGUCCGACGAUGUGGAUUGGCAUUUUCUGCGGUGGAAUUCUCACGGCUGUGCUGAUGCUUUAUCGGGUCAAGGGCGCCAUUAUCAUUGGUAUACUCCUGGUAUCCAUCAUCUCGUGGCCACGACCGACGCCGGUGACGUACUUCCCGCAUACCGAGCUGGGAGAUAGCAUGUUUGAUUUCUUCAAACAAGUGGUCACGUUCCAUCCGAUCACGCAUACUCUUGUUGCACAAGAGUGGGAUAUCUCGGGACACGGAUCGCAGUUUGGGCUGGCCUUUAUCACGUUCUUGUAUGUGGAUAUCCUUGAUACCACCGGCACGUUGUACUCCAUGGCCCGGUUCGCAGGAACGAUCGAUCCUCGGACGCAAGAUUUCGAGGGAAGCGCUUUGGCAUAUAUGGUUGAUGCCAUCUCCAUCUCCAUUGGGUCCCUGUUCGGCGCAUCGCCCGUCACAGCAUUUGUUGAAAGCGGCGCCGGAAUCUCUGAAGGUGGUAAAACCGGACUUACUUCGUGCAUGACGGGUAUCUGCUUUUUCAUUUCCGUGUUUUUCGCGCCAAUCUUCGCGUCCAUUCCACCGUGGGCGACCGGCUGUACCCUUGUCAUCGUGGGGGCUCUGAUGGCCAAAGCCGCGGCCGAAAUCAAUUGGCGGUACUAUGGCGACGCAAUUCCGGCCUUCCUGACCAUCGCCAUCAUGCCGUUCACGUACAGUAUCGCCUACGGGUUGAUCGCCGGUAUUCUCAGUUAUAUCACCUUGAACGGCAUCGUCUGGCUCAUCGAGAAAGCGACUUCCGGAAGGGUAGUACCGCCUAACAAGGACGAGAAAGAACCGUGGACGUGGAGGAUCCCCGGAGGAUUCUUCCCGCCAUGGUUGCGCCGGGCCGCUCGGGGGAAAAGGGACUUCUGGCGGGAGGAUGAAGAGCGUCAGGGGUUGGAUGAGGGCUCGGUCGAGUCUCAGGGGUCAGCGGAGAAGGGCGUGGAUGUGGCUGGGAAGGAGGGGUGAAAAUCAUGUGUACUUUUUGUAGAUUCGAAAUGACUCGUUACAUGUUCAUUUACAGUCCGGAAUGUGUCCGGAAUGAAUUG